GCGGCGGGGGGGAAGCACUCAUUCGCUUUAUGUUAAAAACAUUAGAUUUGAAGCUGAGAGCCGAGUUUAACAGCUCGCCACCGCCCGCUUUACGCUCUGCGUUGUAUUGUUUUCUGUGUAUGCAGCGGUUUAACCGUGGGAAGUGGCCGAAUGAGAGACUCAACGGUCGCAAACAGCCCGGGGUCCCAUCAGAAGUCUCCUUCCCACCAUAAAGACAAGUCUCCGGUGUCCCUGUCCAAACUCUCCCCCAAAGAUGGGCAGAGUGACACGGCCAGACUCGCAAACAAGUUUGAGGAGGGGCAGGAUGUUUUAGCUCGAUGGUCAGAUGGCCUGUUUUACCUGGGGACAAUCGAGAAGAUAAACAAACAAAAGCAUAACUGUUUAGUGGUUUUUGAAGAUCAGUCCAAAUCGUGGGUUCUUUGGAAGGACAUUCAGACAGGAGACAGUGGAGAGGAGAUGCUUUGCACCAUUUGUCAGAAUGAAAGCUCAGAGCCGCCCAACGAAAUGGUCAUCUGCGACAAGUGUGGACAAGGAUACCAUCAACUCUGCCACACCCCCAUCAUCGACUCCAGCGUCAUCGCUUCUGAUGAUAAAUGGCUCUGCAGACAGUGUGUUUUUGCCACAACAACGAAGAGGGGCGGUGCACGCAAGAAGGGGCCGAACGCUAAAGCCCUGCAGGAGAUGAAGCAGUCUCUGCCGUACACCCUGGAUGAGCUGGAGUGGGAUCAGGGCCACAAAACCAACACCCAGCAGUGCUACUGCUACUGCGGAGGGCCUGGAGACUGGUAUUUGAAGAUGCUGCAGUGCAACAGGUGUAAGCAGUGGUUUCACGAGGCUUGCAUCCAGUGCUUUGAAAGGCCUAUGCUGAAUGGAGACAGGUUCUAUCUUUUUGUUUGUUCAGUUUGCAGUAGUGGACCAGAGUACCUCAAACGACUGCCUCUCAAAUGGGUAGAUGUUGCACACCUGAGCCUCUACAAUCUGAGUGUUAUUCAUAAAAAGAAAUACUUUGAUUCAGAACUGGAGCUCAUAUCUUAUAUCAACGAGAACUGGGAUGGGCUACAGCUUGGAGAGCUUGCGGACACCCCCAAAUCAGAGCGAUAUGAUAGAAUCCUGGAAGCACUUAAUAACAACCCUGCGAUGUUCAUUUCUGGGAAAGAGAUAAAGAAGAAGAAGCACCUCUUUGGAUUACGGAUCCGCUUCCCUCCAUCCCCCCACAGCUCAGAGACCCCCUCAGACAAGGAGCAAGAAACGGCCUCUCAGGAGAUUAAGAUCAAAGGCAGGAAGUCCAACAAGCCCUCACACUCGUCCAGCACGGUCACCAAUGGAGUCAUGAAGAAAGGAAAGAGGAAACACAACUCGCACUCCUUGGAGACGCUGGCCAAACUAAGACGAUCAGAUGGACUUCUGGCUCAGAAAGAUGUGAAGUUGCCCUCACUAGACAGCAACUCGCUGGAUGUGAUGACUGCUAAAAGCAUCAAAAGUGAAAAGUCUGUGCCGUCAUCAAGUACCUCAGAUGUCGAAUCCGUUGGUGCCACCACUAUGAGUGAAACUACCUCAACAAGCAUAUCCAGCCUGAGCAGCCCCAGCCAGACUCACUCGGACCGCCUGUGGCCUGUCGCUCAGCCUCCAGUGAAGAGGCGUCGUGGCCGGCCUCGGAGAGCGCUUCAACCCCCAAACCCUGAAAUCCCACCCCGCCCUGAGCCCCUCAGCCCCAGCGUCCCAGAGCCGGCCUUCUCACGGCUCCACCCCACAGACUUUCUGCAGAGCCUGGACCCCAAUGCCCAGCUCAGCCACCUCAAGAGCUCCAUCAGUAGCUACUUCGGGGCCGCCGGCCGCAUGGCCUGUGGGGAAAAGUACCGGGUCCUGGCCCGUAGAGUGACCGAAGAUGGUAAAGUGCAGUACCUGGUGGAGUGGGAGGGGGUCACUGCUUCAUGAGUGCAGUCUCAGGUCCCAAAUCAAGCCCACAUACUUUGGACCAGCGCUAGUGCUGUCCACUUUGGUUCCAAAAUUUCAGUAUGCUACUAGUGCUGAGGUAAGAACAGUUUUGGUUGGUGGAAUGUGUGUAAGUGGUCACUGGAGAGUGAUUUUGAUGGCUUCAGGACCACAGAAAAGUGGGGGAGAGAGAGAGGGAUUGGACUGUAGAACAUGCCUCUGUGCCAUUACAUAAGGACUGCCUUGUAGAUUGUAGAUGUCAAUGGGGCUACACAUCAGAAGUGGGGCUAUAUAGUAGGAGAGGCUGGAAACAGCUGGAAAUUCUGGUUAACAGUUGACCUAUCCAUGCUCUGCCCACUGAUCUAAAAUUUUUGUUAGGUUGGACAUGCUUUACGAGAAUCCCAUUACACCCAAUGACAAAACUGUGCCGGUCUUUGUUUACAACCCAACCGAGCUUCGCUGUGCUGUGGUAGCUGUCAAAACCAGGCAUGUUGGAAAUGACAACCACGAAUGAACCGCCACGCUAACGUUAACUCGAUAAAAAUCAGCUACGCCUGGGCUAUCCUAACGUGACCUUUUUACAUGAUCUACAUAUAGUUAUAGAUGCUAUCAGCCCCAACUGUAGGGCAUAAUGGUUCCUGCAGUCGUAUUGUGCUGGUUACGGUUUCCUUUUUCCGUUUGACAUGCUGCUGAAUCAGGACCAGGGAACACCUGAGAAAAACUACGCAGGACAGCAGCUUGACCGUUUGGCCAUUGGUUAGCUGGAGCUGAGAUUUGAGGAUAUCUAAUUGCGAUCUUUGUCUAUCCAAUAUUGUGAUUGCACUUUAAAUGCAAUUCACAUUAUAAACCUUUUUUGAUUUGUUUUCUUUUUCUUUUUUUCUUUUUUUACUGCUUUUUAAAGGUUUUACAACACAGAUACAAAAUAAAACAUUUGAAGACAAAAGUGCUAAAGCAACAACUCCAAAAUACGGCCUUAUAAUCAUGAAUCAAUAUGCAACUAAAAUAACAUGAAAGGAAAAAUAAAGAAAUAAAUCAAAACAUUAAAUGCCAAACUAAACGGGCUGUAAGAAGCUUUACAGACCGGCUGGAACUAAACAACAUUAAUACUGAUCUGGAG